AUGAUUUUACGAUACAUUCUGUUGCUUUUUGUGUGUUUAUUUAUUAGAGAAGUUAGAAAUGCUGAUACAGACGAUGCAUCCAAAUCAGCACAGAACCUCACGUGGUCAGACAAAAUUAAAAAAAGUUUGUUGGCGGAUUACGAUAAGUUUACAAGACCGGCAGAAAGAGAUAAUACAACUACAGUGCAAGUAGGACUAGUUAUUACGCAUGUCGACUUGGAUGAACAAACGGCCGUAAUGACUGUCAAUGGAUGGACGAAAAUGACAUGGAAAGAUCCGAAGUUAGUAUGGGAUCCAGAGCAAUUCAAUGGAGUUAAGACCAUUCAUUUAGCGGAUCACGAAAUUUGGCAGCCCGAUAUUUUGCUAUAUAAUAGUGCCACAGGCAGCAGCAUUGAUCAUUACGGAAACACGUUGGCAAUCGUAUUCAAUGGGGGCGAUGUACUAUGGGUGCCGCCUUCUACAUUUUCCGCUUUUUGCGAAUUGGAUUUGACAUAUUGGCCAUACGACACUCAGCAUUGCCGUAUUAAACUUGGAUCUUGGACAUAUGAUGCAAAUCAACUAGAUAUAGUUCUGUCAACGCCUGAUACAACGGACUUUACUGAAUUACUUAUCAGUAAUAACGAAUGGCAAGUCAAAGAUUAUACAGCUGAACGUCAUCAGAAGUACUAUCCUUGCUGUCCAGAACCAUACGCUGAUGUGGAAUUUAACAUAACACUAACUCGACGGUCGCCAACUUAUUCAUCUUUAGUUAUAACUCCGGCAUCGAUUGUGGUCCUCAUGACUUUGCUCAGUUUCUGGUUGCCACCGACAGCUGGAGAAAAAAUUAUACUUAAUUCUUGCAACGCUAUCAUAAUAUGCAUUCUUAUGAUGUAUUUUAGCCAAAAGUUACCAGUCAUGGCAAACCAUACGCCAUUAGUGGUGCUUUUCUAUAGCAGCAGUUUAAUAAUGGUGACAUUUUCAUUGAUUAUUGCCGUGGUAGUCCUAAACUUGGCUCGAACAAAGCAUUCAGCACCCUUACCGUGGACCAUAAAAAAUAUGUUAAACUGCUUAGGACCAUGGUUGGGCCUAAAACAUUUUAUGCAAGAACCACCAGUACCUUGCAAUAGGCCAGAAGAGCUUAGGGAGCAACCGAAUGCAUCAAAUUUUGAUGAAAUGACUUCUACCGAUGAUCGUCAGAUGAUUGCACCAUCUUCUGCCUCUAAACAGCCCGCACUUUAUCAAGAUUGGUUACUUCUGGCCGCAGCUUUAGACAGAGUUGGAUUCUUAGUAUAUUGUUUUGUUUUCGCAAUAAUGGCGGCAGUUUAUUCAAUUUAG